CUUUGUCAAGUGGGUCUAUGAUGAAAACAGUAUGUAUUACUUUCACUUCUUCAUUAUCCAAUCUCCAUUUUCAUUCCAAAUUCCCUUUUGUAAUCAAUCGUCAUCUUCUUCUUCAUUACUCCUUUGCUGCACAAAGACAUCAAAGACUCAUCUUCAUCCUUCCACAGAACCGAUUCAUCAUAUUCUUCAGGAAUUGAUCGUUCACUAAGUAAUUGAGAUAGCAAGGAGUAUUUUGGACCGAUUAAAAUUUCAAACAAAGCUCGGGAAUAACUCGAUAAGUUUCAUGGUAUGGCGACCAUAAGCAAAACUCUGUUAGAGGCAAAGAGUAGUAAGGACUGCUUUUAUGAUAGAAUAGCUGAAGUUAAGGCUUUUGAUGAAACAAAACUUGGGGUGAAAGGGUUGUUAGAUUCUGGGGUCACAAAGAUCCCACGAAUGUUUUACCAUGACAAGGUGAAGGACAACACUGAAACCACACCAAGUGACUUAAAGUUUAAUGUCCCCAUCAUAGACCUGAAAGACAUAGACACAAACUCAUACCUACGUGUUGAAACACUUGACAAGAUUAGAAGGGCAUGCAAGGAAUGGGGAUUUUUCCAAGUAGUGAAUCAUGGUAUUAGUGUUGAGGUUUUGGAGGAGAUAUUAUGUGGAAUCCGAAGGUUUCAUGAACUAGAUGCAGAGGUGAGGAAAACGUUUUACUCAAGGGAUCAGAGUAAGAAAGUUAGAUAUUUCUCCAAUGGUAGCCUUUUUAAAGACCCUGCUGCUAAUUGGAGGGACACAAUUGCAUUUUUUUCUUCUCCUCACGCUCCUAAUCCAGAAGAAAUACCAGAAGUGUGCAGAGAUAUUGUGGUUGAAUAUACAGAGAAAAUAAAAGCAUUAGGCUUAACAAUGUUUGAGCUAUUCUCAGAGGCUCUUGGCCUUCCUAUAUCUUACUUGAAUGAAUUGGACUCUGUAAAAGGAGGAUUUCAUUUGGGUCAUUACUAUCCAUCAUGCCCUGAACCUGAAUUAACUAUGGGUACUUCAAAGCACACUGAUAUUAGCUUCAUGACAAUUCUUCUACAAGACCAUAUUGGUGGUCUUGAAGUUCUUCAUGAGAAUCAGUGGGUUGAUGUUCAUCCAGUGCAUGGAUCACUUGUUAUAAACAUUGGGGAUCUUCUCCAGGUAGAGGACACGCUUAAAAGAAGUUUUGCCGAAUUCCAUGCUCAGAAAAAGCUUCCAGAAAUGAAACAGCUUUUGAAGCGAAAUCUUGACCAGCCCCGAAAGGCUAUUGAAGCUUUCAUUUUAGACUCAGAGGCAAGUAAAAAUUUUACUUAUGAUAGAACAACUGAAGUCAAAGCUUUUGAUGAUACAAAACUAGGUGUAAAAGGCCUAUUAGACUCUGGUGUAACAAAGAUUCCACGCAUGUUCCAUCAUGGACAAUUAGACAUGCAUGAGAUCUCAAAAGAAGACUCAAAGUUGAGUGUUCCCAUUAUAGACCUCCAAGACAUAGAAACAAACUCAUCCCUACGAGUUGAAGUAGUUGACAAGAUUCGAAAUGCAUGCCAAAAGUGGGGAUUUUUUCAAGUGAUCAAUCAUGGUGUUGGUGUUGAAGUGUUGAAUGAGAUGAUAUGUGGAAUUCGUAGUUUCCAUGAACAAGAUGCUGAGUUAAGGAAAGUCUUUUACUCUAGAGAUAAUAAUAAGAAAGUCAGAUACUUCUCUAAUGUGAACCCUUACAUAAGUAAGGGUGCUAAUUGGAGAGACACAAUUUCAUUUUUUCUGACUCCUGAUCCUCCCAAUCCAGAAGAAAUACCAAUAGUAUGCAGAGACAUUGUGAUUGAAUACUCAAAGAAAGUAAGGACUUUGGGGGGCAUAAUCUUUGAGCUAUUUUCAGAAGCACUUGGCCUUAAUCCUUCUUAUCUCAAAGAAUUGGAAUCUACUGAUGGACAAUUUCUUUUGUGUCACUACUACCCUACUUGUCCUGAACCUGAAUUAACGUUGGGCACUUCUAAGCACACUGAUGGUGACUUCAUGACAAUUCUUCUAGAAGAUCAUAUGGGUGGUCUUCAAGUUCUUCAUGAGAAUCAAUGGGUUGAUGUUCAUCCAAUGCAUGGAUCUCUUAUUGUAAACGUUGGGGAUUUUCUCCAGCUCAUAACAAAUGGUAUGUUUGUGAGUGUUUAUCAUCGGGUCUUAGCGAGAAACACAGGUCCCAGAAUUUCAAUAGCAAGCUUUUUUAUAAACACAUCAGCACAUGAUACAUCAAAGGUUGUAGGUCCAUUAAAGGAAUUGUUAUCAGAAGAAAAUCCUCCUAUCUACAGGGACACUACUGUUAAAGAAGUGAUGGCACAUUACUUUGAUGAGAAAGGCCUUGAUGAGAACAUUCCCUUACAACCUUUUAGGUUGUGAAGAAAAUGUUGAGCAUUAGAUUGAAACCUUCUUGAUUUCUUUGGAGUUUGAUUUGUGUGAUUUUUAUGGACUAUGAUUUUCAAUUUUUCAUUACCUUAUGAAUUUUUAAAUAGUUGCAUCAAGUUCUAUAGAUAAAACAAGUUAAAGGAACUUUAAUUAUUGUGAAGAAAGAUUGGUGUGUUUAUUAUUCUUAUAGUGUGAUUAUUUGUAUGUAGGGUAUUAAUACGGUGCCCAUUCUAAACAAGGGUUUUAAAACUUUAUUGAUGUGUCUCCAUUAAUUGAUUUUGAUUUGUAAUCA